AUGGCAUCGAGCUCUGUGUUUCUGUCCAGCGCGGUGGGCAAAGCUCGCUCCUCCAACUUCACCCUCUCUGAGAAACUGGACCUGUUGAAGCUGGUGCGUCCUCACAUCCGCAUCCUGGAGGAGCACACCAACAAGCACGCCGUCAUCGUGGACAAGAACAAGUGCUGGGACACCGUGGCCGAACUGUACAACGCCUUAGGAGGGGACAGACCCCAUCGCACGGCCCAGGGCCUCAGGACCCUCUACAAGAGGCUGAAGGAGUCGGCCAAGCAGGAAGUGAUGCAGCGGAGACACGCCCAGCCCGAGUACCGAGCCAGCAUCUCUGAGCCAACCAGGAGAAUCAUGGAGAUGAUCCCUCACCUGUUUCACCACGUGCCCAUCCAUGAAAAGGACCAGGCACUGCGCAGAUUAAUAUACAGCAAGCACAACUCUUCCCUGGAGCACCCUGGCAGCAGCUCCUCUCUGGCUGAACUCCAGGAUUACUCAGCAGCUGUCCCCAGUAUCCCCCAUGAGGUGAUCCAGCUGAACCCUGAGGAGGAUGUUAAGCCACCGCCAGGACUCCCCAUUCUCUCCACGCACGCCGGGCCGGGGCUGGACGGCGGCCAGGAGCAGGACGGGGAGCCGGACUUGGACAGCGUGCAGGAUUACGAAGCAUCCCUGUCCCCUACGUCCUCUUCCGUGAACCUCCCCCUCUCCCCCUCGCCGCUGCCCUUACGGCACGACCUCUACCAGAACGACAUUUACCCCCACCACGAGCCCGACAGGUUUCGCCCUCUGCAGCUGGCCAAAGAGGAGCACGAGCUGGUGUUGGCCAAUCACAGGAAGGUGGCCGUGUUCCUGGAGGAGAAACGAGAGGGGCUGAAGAGGAAGCAGGAGCUGGAGGAGGAGCUGCUGAGAGCCAAGAUCAAAGUGGAGAAACUGAAGGCUGCUAGACUGAGACAUGGGCUGUCCAUUCCUCUAUAACAAGCACGAACACACACAUCUUUGAGCUGUGUCGGAAAGAGAG